CUAUUUGUUUCUCAAGAUAAAUAUUUCCAAUUAUUUAAAUGACAACAUCAAAAUCCAUUAGACAAUUAAAUUUAUUCUUAGAAUGGACUGGUCAUGGUCUGCUAUGGAUAGGAUUUGUUUCCGUUUUACUCAUUGCAUUAUUAUUCAGCAGUAAUAAUAAUAAUACAUCCAGUAUACAAUCCUACAUGUCUUUUCAACAUGUAUGGUGGAAUUGGCGAAGUAAUUCUCUCAUUGAUGAACAACAACAACACUACAAUGAUGAAAUGAAUAAAAAUAUUACAAAAUUAUUCUGUUUAUUCAUUGCCUUAUUGUUUGAUACAAUUAUGGUCGGUAUUAUAAAAUUUUUAUUUCAAUGUGAAAGACCUAAAGAAAAUAAUCAUAGUGAUAUGAGAUUAACUGUUAGUAUUGAUGCAUGGUCAUUUCCAUCAGGUCAUGCUAGUCGAUCAACAAUGUUAUACUUUUUAAUUUCAUAUCUUUGGUUAUCAUCCACAUCAUUCAAAUCAUGGUUCAUAUCUGGGUUAUUAUUAGCGUGGAAUAUCACUUUGUGUUAUUCACGUUAUGCAAUGCAUCGUCAUUAUUUCAUUGAUAUUUUAGCUGGUUAUUUAUUAGGUUAUAUGGAAUAUUGGUUCAUUGUUCAAUUGUUCAAUAUGUAAAUUGAAAAUUGAUCAAUCAAUCAAUCAAUCAAUCAAGCCGCACUGUGAUUUUUUUCUUGUGUGUAUAGUGCCUCCUCGUAUAUUAAGAACAUGUUUGGACAUUUUAAUUCAAACUUAUUAAACUUUAUAUGUUUGUGCAAUGAUCGACAAAUUUUUUUUCCGGUUGACAAUGAGAAAAAGAAUAGUAAUUCUUACGAAGUGCUUUUUUGUG